AUGCAAUUGACUAACAUCGCUGCCGCUGCUGCUAUUGCCGGUGUCGCUGCCGCCAACAAUGUCACCAUCACCACUAACGUUGUGGUGACUGACUACACAACCUACUGUCCUGAGCCCACCCACGUUGUUUUCAACAACAAGACCAUCACCGUCACCGAGGCCACCACCUUGACUGUCACUGGUCCUGUCACGAUUCCAACCACCGUUAUUUCUCAGAAGCCUACUCCAGGUGUUCCAGCUCCUGAGACCACUGCUCCUCACCAGCACCCAUCUUCCGCUGCCGAGACCACCACCAAGCCAGGCCACACUGCUCCACACUCGUCUGUGGCUGGUGAGUCUACUCCAGGUGCUUCUCAGCCAAGCUCUGUCGCUCACGUCUCUACUAUUGAGAACAACGCCGGCAGAGUCGCUGCUGGUGCCGCUGCUGGUUUGGCUGCCAUCGCCGCCGCUCUCGUUUGA